UGACUACACUGAUCACAUUUUCAUUCUUAACUCAAACAUUAUCGUUUCGCGAUGGUACCACGUUUUCCGAACUCAUUGAUGACGAAAAUGAACUGGCCGAUUUCAGUCGUCUUCUGUUGGAUUUGGUUGUGAAAAUGAAACCAGGUCACUGCUACGCUUUCAUUACCGAUUCCCUGUAUGGGGUUACCCUCACGGAUAGUUUGUUUCUAGAAAUUCGUAAUCAUCCUCGGUUCGUGGUACAAAUCCCAGCAGAUGAAGAUACGUUGAAUCCAGGGGCACAAAUUGUGUGCAUGUUGGAGGAGAUUCGUCAAAUCGGAUGUGGUGCUUACAUAAUAUUACUCUCCAAUGGAAUCCAAAUGGAAAGACUUUUAAGAUACGGAGAAAGAACCCGUAUCCUCAAUACUCAUGCUAAGUUUAUUCUUCUGCACGACCGUCGACUAUUUGUCCCUGGUUUGCAUUAUCUGUGGAAGCGAAUAGUGAAUGUGGUGUUCGUAAGACAGCUACCCUUUGGGAAGCCCAAGGAUAACCAUAUCAAUCAGCAUUACGAAAUUAGCACUGUCCCAUUUCCGUUAUCACUCAGGGAAGUUUUCGUAUCGAGAAGAUUGGACUUCUGACACGACGGGAAGUUCCGUUACGGAAAAUUGUUGUUUUUCGAUAAAACGAUUAACUUGGAUGGACAAAUGAUGAAAGUAGUGGUUUUGGAACAUACGCCAGCCAUCUUUCGCACUACGCACAACGAAACAGAUGAACAUUUGAAAUUCUACGGACUGGAAGUGGAGUUGUUGAAAGCGAUUUCCGAAGCCAUGAAGUUUAGCAUGGAUUUGUAUGAAACGGAUGAUGCCGGCACGGAAAAAUGGGGUAUGGUUGCAAAUAACGAAUCCACCGGACUACUCGGUGAAAUGGCUGACGGUCGGGCAAAUUUUGCAUUGGCCGAUCUUCAUCACACGCAAUAUCAUCUGGAAAUUAUGGAUUUAAGCAUUCCAUACUACACAGAGUGUCUCACGUUUCUCACCCCAGAAGCGUUAACUGAUAACUCGUGGACAACACUGAUACUUCCGUUUACCGGUGGUAUGUGGACUGGGGUGUUGGUGUCCCUCUUCUCCAUUGGUUCGGUGUUUUAUACGUUGUCCCAGUUACUGAUAAUGAUCCCAUUCAAACGUAAAGCGCAACCGUGGAAUGAUCCUAGGCCGCCCAGAGAUAUUUUCGACACAUUCUCUGGCUGCAUAAUUUAUACAUACAGCAUGUUGCUUCAAGUCUCCUUGCCACGCAUUCCAAACGGUUGGACGCUGCGUCUGCUAACCGGAUGGUACUGGAUCUACUGUAUUCUUUUGGUCGUAGCUUACCGUGCAUCGUUAACUGCCAUACUAGCAAACCCAGUCGCUCGACAUACAAUCGAUAAGUUGAAAGACCUGGCCGAAAACUCAAUCCAAUGUGGAGCCUGGGGAGAACAGAACAAACUAUUUUUUCAAACUGCUCAAGAUAAAUCACUGAUGAGGAUUGGGGCAAAGCUCGAACACACUCCAAAUGCUGACGCAGCUGUCGAUCGAAUUGUUGAUGGGAACUUUGCUUACUACGACAAUGAGUACAUGUUGAAACAGUUGCGUGCAACCCGCAAAUCUCAGAAAGCCCGCGAAACACUUCACAUUAUGGAAGAGUGCGCCGUUCACAUGCCUAUAUCCAUCGGAAUGGAGAAAAAUUCCCCAUUGAAACCAAAGAUCGACAGAUACGUUCGUGCGCUGAUCGAAGCUGGUCUGACAAAUAAGUGGCUAGCCGACGCGAUCGAGGAAUUCCAGUCCAACAUUGAACUACCACCACAGGAAGCUACCAUGGACUUGAAGAAAUUAACGGCUGCCUUCAUUGCCUUAUCCAUAGGAUAUGGCUUGGCUCUGAUAGCAUUUAGUAUUGAAAAAUUAUAUUGGCGAUGCGUGGUAGAGAAGAAUCCUGCUUACGAUAAAUUCAUAAUCGGAAAAUUUUACAGGAAUACUACAAAAACUAGGUAGUAAAAUCAAAUUGAUAAGUUUGGGAAACAUCAUUCGGCAUUGUUCAAUCACUUUUAAUAUUAAUCACUAUCAAUGAUUGAUUGCAGCAUAAAACAAAACGAAAACCUCUUCUUAAAACUUAAACUCCUCUGGUCACAUUCGAAGUUCAACAGGCCACUUUCCAAUGCUGUCUAAAGCCCGACGACACCAAAAAUCCAAAAAUAAUAAAGACGAAAAUAAUACGAACAAACACUUAACGAAGAUUUCUACAAAAAAUUAUGAUAGCAGCAACCGUGACGACGAGUCGAUGAACUAAGGCACGAUGGGUGAACCUAUAGACAUCACCCCACCAAGCCUCGUUGGAUGGUAAAGGUAAAUGAUAUCGGAGAAACUAAGCACAAGAAAAAAACAUUGCACUUGUUUUGCUUAUAACCAAAAUAU